GAGUUUAAGUGUGGGUUACAGUGAUAGAUUCUCAUAGUAAAAAUUUACAAUGUAAUUGCAUCUCCAAUUUCUAAAGUUGCAUCGUGACCACGUUGUUCAUCCACCUUCACAUGCACACAUCAACAACAAAAGAAACAACCUUUCUCUCCUCACACACCAUUUCUAUACCUUUCCUCACAAAACAGUUACCUCUUUUUGUUCUGUUUCUGUAUUAGUUCCUUUUUUAGUUUUCCCUUUCUUCCAUUGAUCCAUUCUCUAUCAAUGGCCUUUCUCUUCUCCCAAUCUUGUUCGUUCUUCUCCCUUCUUUUCCUACUUUCUCUUCAAUGCCAAAAAGCUUAUUCUUCUUUUCAUCAUCAUCAUAAUCACCAUAAACAUGUUCACUACAAGAAACCCAUUUUACAAGCCAAAAACCAUAGCACAUGUUCAUUGUUUGUGGGAACUUGGGUUCAUGAUGAAAGUUACCCUUUUUAUCAAUCUUCCAGCUGUGAAAUCAUAGACCCAGAAUUCAAUUGUCAGAGGAAUGGUCGCCCAGAUUCUGAUUACCUUAAAUACCGUUGGAAACCCCUCAAUUGUGAGCUCCCAAGGUUUAAUGGGGUUGAGUUUCUGGUGAAGAUGAAAGGAAAAAAUGUAAUGUUUGUUGGUGAUUCGCUAGGAAGGAACCAAUGGCAGUCUUUGAUUUGUAUGCUAUCUGCUGCAACACCUCAUGGUCAGACACAACUUGUCGGGGGUGAUCCUCUCUCCACCUUCACAUUCUUGGACUAUGGUGUGAAGAUUUCAUUCUACAGAACUCCUUUUUUGGUGGAGGUGGAUGUGGUCCAAGGGAAGAGAAUUUUGAGGCUUGAAAAGGUAGGUAAGAAUGGUGACACAUGGAAGAGUGCUCAUGUGUUGUUGUUCAACACAGGACAUUGGUGGACUCAUCAAGGAUCACUUCAAGGGUGGGAUUAUGUAGAAUUAGGAGGGAAAUAUUACCAUGACAUAGAUAGAUUGGUAGCUUUGGAAAGGGGUAUGAAAACAUGGGCUAAUUGGGUUGAUACCAAUAUUGAUAGAAGUAGAACCCAUGUGUUAUUCCAGGCAAUUUCUCCCACACACUACAACAAAAGCGAAUGGAAUGCAGCUGGCGGUAGAACAACAAGUGUGAUGACAACAAAGAAUUGUUAUGGUGAAACAUCACCAAUUAGUGGCAGAACAACAAACUUUGGAGAAGAAACAUACACUCAUCAACAAAUGCGAGUAGUGGAUAUGGUGAUACGCGAAAUGCGCGAUCCUGCGUAUCUUCUCGGCAUCACAAAGUUAUCAGCAUUGAGAAAAGAUGCACAUCCUUCAAUUUAUAGUGGUGAAUUGAGUCCACUGCAGAGAGCUAACCAUUAUCACUCGGCUGAUUGUAGUCAUUGGUGUCUUCCUGGAUUGCCUGAUACUUGGAAUCAACUACUCUAUGUUGCUUUAUUCUAUUAAUUAAUUUUAUUAGUUAUCACUAGGUAAUUUACAUAGCUCUAAUUCUUACUGUAUUAUUACUAUUUUUUUUAAGACACAACGCGUUUAUAUUUUAUUCAGAGUUACCUGAGAUUGCAACUCUUUCUAACUGCAAAGUUAUAUAAAUAUAUAAGGAGGCAUCAAAUUACAGUAGUGUAA